CCUCUCCUCAUCCUCCAAAGCCUCUAAUCUGUCAGCAGUGAGCUCACUUUUCAAGUUCCAAGGCCAUUCUCAGCACACACUGACAACAUGCUGGGGACCCUGUGCACUCUCAUCACUGCUCUAACAUAUGUUGAUGCAGUGAUAGUGCUGACCCAGACGCCUGCUGUCCACACAGUUUCUACAGGACAACAAGUUGAUCUUCAAUGUAACAUCCAGAGAGAUGAUGGAUAUUAUGUCUCCUGGUACAAACAGGUUCCUGGUGAAGCUCCUCAGUAUGUUCUGAGAUUUUACCACUCUCACAGCUCACCUAGCUUUGGAUCAGGAUUCUCCUCAGACAGAUUCAACUCUAAAUCUUCAUCAAACAUAGAUUAUCAGUUCAUCAUAAAGAGAGCAGAGACAGGAGACUCUGCUCAGUAUUUCUGUCUGACAUGGGAUAACUCUGCUAAGGAGAACGUAUUCGGACAAGGCACCAAGCUGAUUGUGACGAGCUCCAGCCUCUCUCCUCCUGUCCUCACAGUCUUCCCUCCGUCCAGUGCUGAGCUCCAGUCCAACAAAGCCUCUCUGGUCUGUCUGUCCACUCAGUCUGUGCCUUUUGCAGAUGUGAGCUGGUCUGCUGCUGGGAGUCCAGUGAGCAGUGGGAUCUCUACCAGCACGGCCGUUCAGCAACCAGACCAGACUUUUCAAAUCAGCAGCUAUCUGUCCAUCCAGACGUCAGACUGGAACAUGGACAAGGUCUACACAUGUCGAGUGUCUUUGGGCUCCCAGACUUCAGAGAAAACCAUCAACAAGUCCCACUGUUCCACUGAAGACCAGUAGAGGAGCAGAGGGACCAUUUCUAAUCUGCUUCUUGACUCUUUGUGCUGUUUGCUCAUUACAAGGUUCACAUCUUACAGUAUAUGUCUGCAUGCUUGUAAUACAUGUUGUGUCUAUCUGUCCAUUAAACCUUCUCAAGUGUUAAGUUCCUCUGGGCUCCCACACCUCAGAGAAGAAUUUGAACAAAGACGAUGAAUAGAUUGAUCAGCAUUGUUUUAUGCAUAACUGUUGGUGUGAACACAGCUUUGCUUUAUUGUACAUGGAUUAUUUGAAAUAAAAGCAUUCUUAAUUAGAUACAAA